AAACAAAUGUUGAAUUGACCUUUCACUGCAAAAAAUACAAAGGAUGAAAUGACUACACCUGCAUAAUAAUACAAAAUAUGAAUUGACAACUCUCUGCACAUGCAUGCCCUAUGACACAUGUCUCUGCAAUUGCAUGUGAAUUCAAUUAUUUGAACAACUACCCUUCAUUAUAUAAACUGAUCAGAUGCACAUCAUAAGUAUACCUAUCAACAUUUCAAAAAUCAUAGCAUCCAAUGGAUCCUUUCCUAAAUGAGUUUAGUCUAGAAGAGUUCCAACAACAAUGGGAAAUAGAAGAAAAAAUACUUGAUAGGCAGCGAGAACUUCUUGAAGAAUUGCAAAGGAGAAGCGAACAACCACGUAAGAGGAAAUCCAUACAUAGAGAUCAUCAUGCAGCGCAUGAGAGACUCAUGGCCGACUACUUUGCCGAGUCAUGCACUUACACUGACGCCCAGUUCCGACGCAGGUAUCGAAUGAAAAGGCCUCUCUUUCUACGAAUUGUGGACUCUAUAUCAAAUUACGACGAUUACUUCACACAACGGCGCAAUAAUGCGGGCAAGCUUGGGUUAACGCCUAUCCAGAAGUGUACGGCUGCCAUACGCAUGCUCGCAUAUGGAGUCGCAGCCGAUGCUUGUGAUGAGUACGUCAAGAUAGGAGAAUCCACUGCUAUCGAGUGUACUCGCAAGUUUUGCGAAGGGGUAAUAGCAUUGUUUCAAGAUGAAUACUUACGACGACCAAAUGUGGAAGAUUUGCAGAGGUUGCUCCAAGUUGGACAGGAACGUGGAUUCCCAGGGAUGAUUGGAAGUAUUGAUUGCAUGCACUGGCAGUGGAAAAUUUGUCCUAAGGCUUGGCAAGGGCGUUUGAAUGACAUAAAUGUACUAGAUAGGUCACCGGUUUUUGACGACAUUGAGUCGGGUGAAGCUCCACGGGUAAACUUCACCGUGAAUGGGCGGGAGUACAAUCUUGCAUACUAUCUUGCCGACGGAAUCUACCCUAAGUGGCCUGUCUUCGUGCAGUCAAUUCAAAUGCCCCAAGGCAACAAACAUCAAUUUUUUGCCAAACAACAGGAAUCAUACAUGAAGGACGUGGAACGCGCAUUCGGGGUACUCCAAGCACGCUUCGCUAUUGUCCGCCAACCAGCUAGAAUGUGGGAUCUUGAUGUCUUAGGAAAAAUAAUGAGGGCGUGCAUUAUUUUACAUAACAUGAUAGUAGAGGAUGAACGAGAUACGUAUUCGCGAAACUGGGAAAAUAUCGACUUUGAACCGUCGAACAAUGCUAGCUCUAGCGCCUCUUUCAAUGUUCAAACAGACGUGUUGCCGGAGUUUCAAGUCCAUGUUCAACACCGAUCUGAGGCAGAUAAUCAGACUAGAGCGGAACUACGAGAUAAGACCCAACAUAUUCAGCUGAAGAAGGAUCUCAUCGAGCACAUUUGGCAGAAGUUUGGGACAACCUCCGAUUAGAUUUACCAAUUUAGUGUGUGUUUUCUGGCAUGUUUUUAAUAAUUUGGGUGUGUUUGGUUUUCCGUAUGCUUAAUAAA